AAUUCAAAACAUCACAAGGAAAAAAUAAAUAAAUAAAAAAUAAAAGAAGAAGCAACCCAAACCAUGUCAGAUUACGUACCUCGCGAAGUCUUGAUCGAAAUCCUUGCAAGACUACCAGUGAAGUCUCUGCUUCGAUGCAGUUCAGUUUGCAAAUCUUGGUACUCCUCAAUUACCAACCCAAGUUUCACCACCACACACCUCAAUCAAACUAAAUCAAACACCCAACUACUUAUCAUCAAGUAUACCUUUCUUGUUCCGAAUCAAGAGCGCCAUAUUUCAUGUAGCGAUGACGAAACUUGUUGUGAUGAGUUUGUGGAACUUGAAAACCCAUUUCACAGCUCUAGUAAAUCGUUCAAAAUUGUUGGUUCUUGUAAUGGGUUGUUGUGUAUAUCGGAUUAUCAUGGCUCAGAUUGUGCUUUUCUAUGGAACCCAUCAAUUAGGAGAUUCCUGACACUUCCUGAAUCUGGGUAUUCUGUAACCGAUAGCGAUCUUCAGUUUGUUUUUGGAUUUGGGUUCGACCGCAUUAGUAAUGACUAUAAAGUGGUGAAAAUUGGGUACCUCAAUGACUUAAAGACUCGUGGUAGUGUUCUGUGUAAGAUGGAGCUUUAUGCACUUAGCACGCUUUCUUGGAGACCCAUUUGUGUUGUUGAUUUUCGCUUUGAACUUUCUAUAAAUACCUGGUCUGUGUUUGUGAAUGGGGCUGUUCAUUGGGUUGUAUUUGAUCCAGCAAAGGAGCGUGGUUUUGGGAUCUUGAUUGUGGCAUUUGAUAUGGGCAAUGAGGUGUUUAGGGAGAUGGCUUUGCCAAACUAUCAACCUAAUGGGUGGUUUUAUAGAAACGCGGCUGUUGCAGUAUUGGGUGAGUCACUUGCUGUAAUCAACUUUGAAUCUGAUUUAGUCCCAGCGAACCUAAUGUGUAAUUUCCAUAUAUGGGUAAUGGAAGAAUAUGGUGUCAUAGAGUCAUGGACUAAAUGAUACACAAUCAUUGGACAACGCAUAUUUUUGAAGGUACUGGGUUUUAGAAAGAAUGGCGAUGUGUUAUUUGAAGAUGGUGGAGGUCUAGGAAAAUUGGUUUCAUAUGAUCCACAAAGUCACCAAAUCAAGAAUCUUGGAGUCUAUGGCGACUCAUUUUAUGUGUAUACUUACAUGGAGAGCUUAGUUGCAUUAGAUGGAGCUGAUGGUGUCUAGAAAUCACAUGAGCAAGUGCAUCCCAAUUCUCCUGAUGCAAUUGCCAACGAGGAAGCAUAACAGCGAAACAAGAGGAAUGCAAGAUUCUUUAAAUUAUACCCCACUUGUAGUACUUUAAUUGUUAUAGUUUGUAGCACUUUCGUAUAUUUUUUUAGUGACAUGAUCUACAUAU